GGGCGGGGCGGGGCGGGGGCGCGGGUGUCCCUCCCGCCCGUCGCCUCCCGCUGCCCCUUCAUUAGGACGCAGCUGCCUGCCCGCCCGGCGUCCGGGGCCCGCCCCUCGCACCCCUCCUCCCUCUCCACCCCCCUGCGAGAGAGCGCGACGCAGACCUCCCCCCCCCCCCCCGCCUCCGCGCCCUCCACUCCUCCCUCCCGCCUCCAGCCAGACCCUGGCCGGGCCCGGGGGACGUGUGCGCGGGCACCGGGCUGCGGGGGGACACUGACCGCCGGGCCGGGCCCGCUGCCGCCGCCGCCGUCGGCCGGUCCCUGCCCGGGGAACAUGGCGAGGAGGAGCCGCCCGCGCCUGCUGCUGCUGCUGCUGCGCUACCUGGUGGUCGCGCUGAGCUGUCAGAAGGCGUAUGGAUUCUCCGCCCUGAAAGACCAAGUAGUUACAGCAAUAGAGUAUCAAGAGGUUAUCUUGGCCUGCAAAUACCCAAAGAAGACCACCUCCUCCAGAUUGGAGUGGAAGAAGCUGGGACGGAGUGUCUCUUUCGUCUACUACCAACAGUCUCUUCAAGGUGAUUUUAAAAAGCGAGCUGAGAUGAUAGAUUUCAGUAUACGGAUCAAAAACGUUACCAGAAGAGAUGCUGGGAAAUACCGUUGUGAAGUGAGUGCCCCGUCAGAGCAAGGCCAGAAUCUGGAGGAGGACACAGUCACUCUGGAAGUCCUAGUGGCUCCAGCCGUUCCAUUGUGCCAAAUCCCUAAUUCUGCUCUGAGCGGGACUGUGGUAGAGCUGCGAUGUCAUGAAAGAGAAGGGAACCCAGCUCCAGAAUACACCUGGUUUAAGGACGGCAUCCGUUUGCUGGGAAAUCUGAAGCGUGGCCCACACAGCACCAAUAGCUCAUACUCAGUGAACGCAAAAUCUGGAACUCUGCAAUUCAACACUGUUUCAAAACUGGAUAGCGGCGAGUAUUACUGUGAAGCUCGAAAUUCUGUUGGCCAUCGCAGGUGUCCUGGGAAACGAAUGAGAAUAGAUGACCUCAACAUAAGUGGCAUCAUAGCAGCAGUGGUCGUCGUGGUCCUGGUGAUUUCUGUGUGUGGCCUGGGUGUGUGCUACGCUCAGAGGAAAGGCUACUUCUCAAAAGAAACCUCCUUCCAGAAGAGUCAUUCUCAAUCAAAAGUUAUGACAGUGAAUGAAAAUGAUUUCAAGCACACAAAAUCCUUUAUAAUUUAAAAGAAUUCUACUUUUGAAAUAUACCAAAACCACAGUUGUUACACAUUAUUAAAAAAAAAUAUACAAAACUCUGUUUUGUCUUACAUUUGCAAAGCAACAUACAAGGCAGAGAGAAUGGUGUUGCAUUAUCAUUUUAAUGAUGGUUCCAUCACUUAAAAUUGUUAUUUUCAGCAAAUCUGUCACCAUCUAAAAUAGUCUGGCUUCUGUGUUUGGAUUGAGUAUUAAAAAAAUGGAGAUACUUCAUAAUAUUCUAGAAUAGUAAAAUAUUAGAUGUUCUAACUUCUAGAUAAAAUUAUGAAAAUAUAUUAUGCUGAUGGUAAAAGUAAUUCACAGGACUUGAAUAUAUCAACUGCAUGGACCUUCUAUACAAGAGUCUGAUUUAGGAGGUUCAGGAAAAACUAGCAGAUGCAAAAGAAACCCCUGAUCUUAUUUCUCCAAGAUUCCUCUUCUCCCCUACUCCUUGCAUAUUAUCAUUAUUUUUGCUGCUCAUUAAAACUGAAGGAAAUAAUAGAAAUGGACCUUUUAUCCAAGAAUUUAUACUUUGAGUUUACUUUCAUUCCUGCAAGAUGAAGAAAACUACCUAAUGACCAGAGCACUCUUAUCCGAUGUGUUGAUGAUUUCAUUAAACGUGACUUUGAGAGUCAAACACAAACCCAGGUGUUUCAUUUCUCCUCAAACUUUUCGUUGCUUUACACCAUCCUUGAAGAUUUGACAUCAAAACUUACCACAAACACCUCUGUCCUGAACAGUGAAGAUCCCACACCCUUGGCAGUGGGGAUUUCAUGUCUCUAAAAAUGGGGCUGGGAAAUUCUGGACUGUGCUAAGACCCCUGUGUGAUGGCUAGUGCUUUGCCAAUCCUGCAGCUUGUAGAGUUUGGGGGUGCUGAGGGAGUGGUUGUCUGCCAAGUGACACGAGAGGAAAGAAUUCACUGCAACAACCUGCACCAAAGUUGCUGACUUAUAAAGGACACAGGAGGAACCAUGAUGGAAAUGAAAUAUGGGUCUAAUCAUCUGGUUUCUCCAUGACUAAAUAUCUCCGGGGCCUGUCCAUGCUACAGAGUGACAAUGAACUUGAUUCAUUAAAAAAGGAGCCACUAAGCCAUGUUGAGUGUCGAGCCAUUUAGGACAGACGCUGAUGUUCAGUCACAUAUUAAAAACAAAAUAUCGCUAGGGUCAUUCCAAUUCUGAGCAAUUCGGGAUGGAAAGAUGACUCACUCUUGUCAAUUCUGAACAUGACGAAGCUGUUUUAAGGGAGUUCACUCUGAAUGUCCAAUAUGCAAAACAAAUCCUCGAGAGUCACUGAAAGCAAGAUCUAAACACUCAGCCAGUGUCCAGCUUUCAUCUAGAAUCAGGUCACUGGGAAUAUGCCUGUUGAGUCCGCCACCAUCCCUAAGCUACAAAAGCUGUUUCUCAUCACAUCCUUUUAAACAAUUGCUGUAAAGGGCCAGGUGGAGUUAUGCCAUGCAACUUUGUGGUACCUCGUGUAACCAUUUAACUCUGCCAGUGUCGCACAAAAACAGCCAUAGGCAAUAACAAAUAAAUCGGUAUCUUUGAGUUCCAGGAAAGUUGUAUUUGCAAAACUGGUGCAUGCAGAAUUUUACCCACAGGCAAAGGCUUCCCAACUUUGCAUGGUGGAGCAUGAUGAAGAUGCACAUUCAUGAAGCUUUUGUAAAAAGUCAGGCUCAAUGAUGUUGAAGCUUUGGAUGAUUUGUGCAAUGCUAUAUCCAAGUGCCAAGGGGAUUUGUGGAUCUCAGAGAUGCAUGUUAAAACACACCCAUCAAUCAUACAAAAUCUAUUUCCUCAGUUUAAGUGAUCCAAUACAGAGGAAAAAUAUACAGUGCCUUACUUAUCAUUACUAAUAGAUAAAAAAAGAAAAAAAUCCUAAGACUAGGAUUCAUCUAUGUGUGAAGACCUCUUUGUGUCAAAUAUAUAUUAUCUUAUUGUACACAGCAAAAUGAAACUCAUCACGUGAAGAAUGCUGUCUUCCACAGAAAGAUCUACAAUUGAGUGGGGUUUUUUUUACUUAUUAAAAGAAUAUCCAUGUGUCUAGAA